CGGGGAGUGGCGUCCACUAUUACAACGGACUAUAUAGAUGUAUGUGGUGGGACUACGCCACCUGCUCAACCCACCAUGGUUUACCUCGUUGGCCUGUGGCGUUUACUAUCCGGGAAGGAGCCGGAAGAAUUCGGUGUUUUAUCUUGGGGCAACGUCCCUGUGGCACCGACUUUUGCUAGUGGCACUAGUUGCCCGCCUCCUUUCUCUUUCAACCUCCGAACUCGAAAUAUUUCCACAGUACAUUCAUCGUGGCAGCAUGCCCGACGGGCUCGACGGUGACUCGGCAUCACAUCGCCGCAGCGCUCAAGCCUCAGAGUCAGCGGCUCGCGUCCGCCUUUAUUUUUGAAGGGAGGCCAAGCACAUGGACAACUAUACUUAUUCUAAAGAUAGAACAUGAUUCUUUCUUGGUGCGUAGCGGUCUUUUAGACGCCGCCGGCUGCGGCCUUCAAAACGGCUGGGCUCCUCGACUGCGAACUGUAUAGCCUUAUACCAAGACGAUCUACUCUUCCCCAGUCAGCUCAAUAACCUCGUGGAUCGUUAUUGUCCAUUUUGAUCCGGGGAGAUGCAUAGUCUGCCAUCCGAAUCCGCUACUAGCUGCGACUUCCGUGACCGCUUGGCACGACCCUCAGUUGAAACUUACUCUCUG